AUGGCUCAAGCCUCCGCCCUCCUACGCUCUCGUGUCCGCCGUCCAUCCUACCUCUCCAAAGUAGCAACGGCCGAAGACCUCAUCCCUCUCUUCCCGCACAAUGCAUAUGUAGGUCCAAAAGACAUUCCCUACCCCGGAGACAGCGGGUCAUUGCAAGAGAAGGCUCGCAGGACACUCUCAGAAUACACACUAACCAUCCCCUCCUCCCCCCAACAGGUCGGCUGGUCCGGCUUCACCGGCGUCGGCUACCCCAAAAAGAUCCCCACCGCCCUCGCCGACUACGUUGAAGCGAACAACCUGCAGGGCAAGCAGAAAUACAACCUCUUCGUCGGAGCCUCCAGCGGAGCGGAGACGGAGAAUCGAUGGGCGAAGCUGGAUAUGAUUGAGCGCCGGAGCCCGCAUCAGGUGGGCAAGGAGAUUGCGAGGGGGAUUAAUGAGGGGAGGAUUAAUUUCUUUGAUAAGCAUUUGAGCAUGUUCCCUGUCGAUCUGAUGUACGGAUAUUACACCAAGCACAAGGAGAACAACAAACUGGACGUUGCGAUCGUCGAGGCGACGGCGAUCACAGAGGAUGGAGGAAUCAUCCCUGGUGCGAGUGUUGGAGCCAGCCCUGAAAUCAUCCAGAUGGCAGAUAAGAUCAUUAUUGAGGUCAACACUGCCACGCCAUCUUUUGAAGGACUGCACGACAUCACGAUGACGGAUCUGCCGCCUCGACGGAAGCCGUAUCUCAUCAUGGCGCCGGAGGACCGCAUCGGCACACCACACAUCCCCGUCGAUCCGGAGAAGGUGGUCGCGAUUGUCGAAUCCGACUACCCGGACCAGACGCAACCCAAUGCACCUGAAGACGAGUCUUCCCGUGCAAUCGCUGGACAUCUCAUCGAGUUCCUCAAGCAUGAAGUCACCCAGGGUCGUCUUCCACCUAACCUCCUUCCCAUCCAGUCCGGAAUCGGCAACAUAGCCAAUGCAGUGAUAGGCGGUCUGUCCGGUGGACAUGCGAAUUUCAAGAACCUGAAGGUCUGGACGGAAGUGCUCCAGGACGCCUUCAUCGAUCUGCUCGAUAGUGGGAACCUCGACUUCGCCACGGCCACCUCCAUCCGCUUCAGUCCGGACGGCUUCCAUCGUUUCUACGACCGCUGGGAUCAGUACACCCCCAAGCUCCUGUUGCGGAGCCAGCAGGUCUCGAACAACCCCGAAAUCAUCCGUCGGCUUGGCGUCAUCGGCAUGAACACCCCCGUCGAAGUAGACAUCUACGCCCACGCCAACUCGACCUGCGUCUUCGGCAGCCGCAUGCUGAACGGCCUCGGAGGCAGCGCGGACUUCCUGCGCAGCAGCAAAUACAGCAUCAUGCACACCCCAUCCACGCGGCCGUCGAAGACGGAUCCCACGGGCGUGAGCUGCAUCGUGCCCAUGUGCACGCACGUGGACCAGACGGAGCAUGACCUCGACGUUAUCGUGACCGAGCAGGGUCUGGCGGACGUGAGGGGCAUGAGUCCGAAGGAGAGGGCGCGGGAGAUUAUUAAGCAGUGCGCACACCCGGACUACAAGCCCAUCCUGCAAGACUACUUCGACACGGCCGAGCAGGUAUGUCUGAAGAAGGGCUGGGGGCAUGAGCCGCAUCUGCUCUGGAAUGCUUUCGAUAUGCAUAAGAAUUUGAACGAUCAUGGGACUAUGAAGUUGGAUAAAUGGUCUUAA